AUGGCCUCCCAACUUCUUCCUCUCGAGUUGAUUGACAAGUGUGUUGGUUCGAAAAUCUGGGUUGUGAUGAAAGGCGACAAGGAAUUUUCGGGGACUCUGCUUGGUUUUGAUGACUACGUGAACAUGGUCUUGGAAGACGUGACAGAAUUCGACUACACGGGUGCCCGGAUCAAGCUUCCUAAGAUUCUCCUUAACGGCAACAAUGUUUGCAUGCUCAUUCCUGGAGGCGAGGGACCGGUUGGUAGCUCAUGA